ACGUGGGUGCGUGUGAUGACGCGCCGCUCUGGAUGUAUAGAGGGAUCGAUGGAGACGAAGGAAGAGGAAAGAAAGACAUACCGAUAGAGGGAAGACAUCGCAGCGCUAGAACUGUAGUGUGUGGGAAUAUCAAAGAAAUAGAGAAAAGAGAGAAAGAGAGAGUGAGAAAAGCACCUCCCACGUCCUUUGGUAUCAAGGGUCUUCAACGACGAGGGAGAGAAAGAGAGAGAACGCUGGCUGUGGUAUUGCAUUCGCGGACGACAUGGGCUCUCUACAUGAAUCGUAUAAAAUGUUUUAAGACGCGUUCAGCGUAUUGCCUUACACGCGUCUCGUCCAAAGACAGUCGCUAAAACGGGUCUGCACGUCAAGUUCAGGUGUAAUUUGGUAUCCUGGCUGUAGAGAGCAGCAUGCCAGAGCAGAGUAAUGACUACAGGGUGGUGGUGUUUGGUGCUGGGGGAGUGGGCAAGAGCUCCCUGGUCCUACGCUUUGUCAAAGGCACCUUUAGGGACACCUAUAUCCCCACUGUAGAGGACACGUAUCGACAGGUGAUCAGCUGCGAUAAGAGCGUGUGUACGCUGCAGAUCACUGACACAACAGGCAGUCACCAGUUCCCUGCCAUGCAGAGGCUGUCCAUAUCUAAAGGACAUGCCUUCAUACUGGUUUACUCUGUUACAAGCAAACAGUCUCUGGAGGAACUCAAACCCAUCUACCAACAGGUGGUUGCCAUUAAGGGGAACAUAGAGACCAUCCCAGUCAUGUUGGUGGGCAACAAGAGUGAUGAGACUCAGAGGGAGGUGGAGACUAAGGACGGAGAAGCACAGGCGACCACAUGGAAGUGUGCAUUCAUGGAGACAUCUGCGAAGACCAAUCACAACGUGACAGAGUUGUUCCAAGAGCUCCUCAACCUGGACAAGAAGAGAAACAUGAGUCUGAACAUAGAUGGAAAACGCUCCGGGAAACAGUCCCGGGCCGAGAGACUGAAGGGCAAAUGUAGCGUUAUGUAGAGGGAUGGAGAGGAAGGGAGGAAGCAAGGAAGGAAGGAAGGAUGGACGGACGGACAGAAGGUGGGAAGUCAAAAAGAAAAUAAGAACUGGUAGGAUGGUAGAAGCAAAGGAGAUGGAGAGACAAUGGGAGAAGGAGAGAGUAAAGUGGGCCCAACUAAGACCACCGGCAUGUUCUCUUUCAGCACACACCUCUCUUUCCUGUCUAUCCAGGGUCCUUACCCUCCCAAUAGGCCCACUGUAGUGAAAGGAUUCAGGGGUAGCCUGAGAAGGAACUCAUUCCACCCUGCACCUGUUGGCAUCCGUCCGACACCUCAGCCAUUGCGCUAAGAGGCGAUAACCUUUUGGCGAGGUCGCUAGAUGUUGUACUAGGUACACAACGCCAUAAUGUACAUAUUCCAUGCAAACAUGGCCUCCCUUCCUAUCACCUUUAAAAUAUCCUGGCGGUAUACUCUCACCGUUUCUAACUGUCAUCAUUCAAAACGGAGAAUCUUCUAACUCAUCGUUCAGUUGGAUUCAAAAUGGCUUCUAACUAAAAGCAAAUUAAGCUUCUGACAUCAACAAUCCCUCUUAGACUUGAGUUAAGAUUCAAGUGAGGAAUGUACAGUGAGCUGAAAUCUUAGGAUAUGGAAAAUGGGAAAGACACAAAUAAUUUGCCUGGACAAUUGGUAGUUGGACUUGGAUUGUUGGAUGAACAAUGGACUUGAGUGAAGAGCCAUCAGAAAUGUUUGAGGAGCAAUUUGGCUGUGAUAAUCGUAAUUGGACUGGGAAGACCUUGAAUGAUGUCAGUGAGAAUGCUUUGGCCCUUGCUGUUUCUUGUGAAGACACGUUCUGUUGGCCUUGUGUUCCCCCCAAAAAAGGAGCUGAAUGCACAGAAAAGCACAGAAGACAGUGAUGGACCAACCACACUCACCAGUGAAAAGAAGCUCAGUGGGUUAAUGCCAUGCAAAUACCAUCACAUUGCACUUUACCGUAUCUCUCUCUCACACACACACACACACAUUUUUGGAGCCCAGUGGUCAUUCACCGACUUAGUAUGUGAAUGGUUUUGGCUGAAAGAAAAAAUAUUAUCAUGUAAAUGCAAUGAUAUUACUGUCCUGAACAUCUCUCCUGGUUUACAUGAAGCAAUAUGGUGGUUUGUCUUUGUACAGUAUGCAUACUCUGGGUGGAAGGAAGGUGCCCCUGACCGCAGAUAUAGCAUCAGCGUACUCUCUCCAAAUCAGAACCUCAACUGUUACAGAGGAAAUGAUCUGAGAUCAGCGUUUAGGGGCAAAAUCAUUCUACUUCUUACUAUACAGGAAAGCCAAAAGCACAAUAAUUGUAUUGACAUUUUCAUUUAUUUGUUAUUUUUCUAUUUUUUUUACUGUGUUUCUUUAUCUAAAGGCAUCUUGCAGGAUAAAUAACUGCCAUUGCCAACUGAUUUUGAAGAGGGAAAGAGCGGAGGUGUUGGGUACUUGUGUUGUUUGGUGUGUGUACAGCAUGUCAGCGUUAGCACAUAAAAGGCACAGUGAGGCUGUUGAUUGGUUAAACAACAGGUUGUUUUAAUGAAACAGACAGAGUGAUAGGCUGUAGCUAAAAAAUCCCACCCUAUUUUCUACAUGGUGCGUGACUUAUUGGUACAGAGCACAUAUGGUCCGGUCAAAAGUAGUGUACUACGACAGAGGGGGGCCAGUUGAGAUGCAUACUACAGCCUGUAGAGGGGAUGUGGAAUAACACAGCGGGACCCAGUGAGGUAGAAAGCACGUCUCUCUAAAUAAAAUCCGAGAUUUGAUUACAUCGCUGCUUACAUUGGAUUGGAGAGUAUUUAUUUUCAGUUCAAUUCCAGAUGACUUAAAAAGCACGGGCACGUUUGAAAUUUGAAAUGCUAUAGCUGUUGCUAUGUUGUGUUUAGGGCCCAGACAUUUUCCAGAUCUCCAAACCUGACUGGGAAAACUCUUGAGUCCACGUUUUAGACUACAGCCAGUGACCUGAUUACAAGACAGUUUUAGCACUGUGUUCUGCUGUAACGAUACUACAGUAAACUGCAGGGGUAGGCAGCCCCGUUGUCCCUGAAGUUUUGCAGGUGUAGCAGGAUUUCGUCCCAUGUAAGCACCAAACUGAGCUACUUAGUUAAUUGAUCGGUUCAGAGACUGACUUCCAGGGGGGGUUAAAUCAACAAGAUCUGCCCUUCAGGUCCAGGGUCCACCAAAACAGCUGCAUUCUUCACUUGAGGAUUUACCAGAACCCUCAUGAAACCUAUCUCGUAUUUUGUCCGAUCCUAUAUCAUUUAUUCUACAUAAAUAUUGUGUGUGUGUGUGUGUGUGUUUAAGUGUAUCUGCGGGUGUACCGCGCACUCGACAGUGUUGGUUUGAAUGGGGACAGACACUUCCUCCCCGUCCUCCCUCCACCUGUCUCAAUGCAUCUGUCAACGGGCAACAUCCACGGUGGUAGUUGUUGUCGCCACUGCUCCUACUGCUGCGUGUGGAUCUUUAUAUACGGUUUCAUUAGGUGUCUGUCAGAGGUUUCCCGUGGAGACGACCCACGGGUGUCGCAUGAGUCAUGCUGCUUAGGCUCAGACACACUCGCUCAUAGAUAAACACACACGGGACACAUGAACGCACAGGUGAACCAAGCAGACAGACAGCAGUGCUUUUUGCCCCAGAAACAUCCUUAUCUGCUCCUCUGAUAACUACCGUCCCUGCCGUUAUAAGUAGCUGUACUGCGCCAUACAGGGAAUAGGCUGUCGUAUGUCCCUCUGUAACUCAUUUGCUGUACCGCCCCCUCACUCCACGUCUGUAGAUUGCAGUGAAAAGACUGCUGAGGGUGGGCAUAACGUCUGUAGAGGAUCGAGAGACGUUAGGGAAUUGUGACACUUUUCCCUCUUCAAAGGAAUGCUGGUAGUGUGGUCCUUUCAGCUAUGAAAGCGCGGCCAUUUUGUGUUGUUCUACAGAGCAUUAUCAUAACCAGAGAGAGAAUGGCCCUGUGAUAGGUUCCUCUCGUCUUUGGUUGAACACCUGAGGGACUGCUAGAGCAACCAAUCAAGUCCAAAGGGUGGAGUCAUCCAGAGACAAACCAAUGAUAUGGUUUAUUUUCCCGUGUGCAGGCACCAGAAAGCUAUACUUGAGAUCCAUGCAGAAAAUGUAACUUCCUCACAAUAUGUCCAUUAUGCGGUUUACAUGAACGUUUCUUGUUUAGUUAGAAGUGGGAGCACCCUUCAGCCAGCUAUGAAAUGGACAGAGGCUGCUGUGUGACUGAAUCAAAACUUAGAUUGGAACACAAAACAUAACUAAAUAAUGUGUAGAUUAUACAUUGUCAGAGAAGUUGUGUCUUUUCUACACAGUAUGUUUUCUAUAAGAAAACAACCCACAGUCACUGUUGUAUGAUAUCAGCAAGUCACGUAGCUGGAAACAGGGUAAGCAUGCCAGUUAUGUGGCGGAAGAGAAGAGGCACAAAGGACUAUGGCAAGAGAAGUCAGUUAAGAAGUCAAUGUAACAACUCGGUUUCUACCUACCAGAGAUACAGUUUGGAAUUGUUGAAUCACCCCCGAUCAUAAUAUCAGCCCAGCCCAGACACCACUAACAGACUUUAGCUUCUCUCUCCUAGCAGUCAAAAGGGACUGGAUAGUGAUUUACUAUCAGGCUUUGGGGAACUUCCGCCAUAUUGUUUAUACCUGUCUGCUCUGCCAAACACAAAAUGUGGAAGUGCCUCAAGGUUGAUUCCGGACCAGGCCUCUGAGGGGUGCAAACUGGGUAGUGUAAUCCUACUAACCUCCAUCUCUGCUCCAUCCUACCUGCAUGGCCCCAAUAAGUGUUCCUUCCAGACAGCAUGAGAACCAAUAAGGACACAAACUGUGAAAUUAACAUAUUUGUAUUUUAUUAUAAUAAUUAUUGCAUUAAUUAUGUCUUUAGUUUGGAAAAGAUGCAUACGUUUUUAAUCUCCUAUCAUUUUUGUAAUAAUGUUCUGUUUUUGUUCUAAUCUUUUAUUUUUACCUAAUAAUCAUGUAUAGACAUUUAUUAUUGCUAAUAAUGAUUUUAUUUUAAAGAUGAAGUUUUAGAAUUGCCUAAUAAUGAAUAUAGCUAUCAAUUCUAGCAAUAGUCUUCCUAUUAUAAUGUACUGUGCUGAUGCGUCCUAAUUACAUAUGAUAUAUCAUAUAUAUGAAGAAAUUAUUGAAUCUGCAAAAUGAUUUUCCUAAUAAAAAACCACAACACAA